CAAUAAAAUCGCCUCUUCCCCCGUGAUUUCCCACCAGCUUGAGCAUUAGAAAAUAUAAUCCCAUCAUGGCUACAUCAACCACGGCGGUGCUCUGUUUCUUCCUCUUCCUCCUCCCUCUCUCCAAUAACGCCGCCAUCUUCCAGAUCGUCAACAAUUGUGUCUUCACCGUCUGGCCCGCGUGGGCUUCCACCGGCCCUCGGGCAGGCGGCGGUAACCAGCUCAACCCGGGCCAGUCCUGGACCAUCAACGUCAACGCCAGCACCACCGGCGGCCGCAUCUGGGCCCGCACCGGCUGCUCCUUCGACGGCAGCGGCCGCGGCAACUGCCAGACCGGCGACUGCGGCGGGGUGCUGCAGUGCCAGGGCUACGGCCGGGCGCCCAACACCCUCGCCGAGUUCUCCAUCAACCAGUUAGGCAACCUCGACAUCUUCGACAUCUCCAACGUGGAAGGCCACAACGUGGGGAUAGACUUCAGCCCCACCAACGGCGGGUGCCGAGGGGUCCGGUGCUCCGCCAACAUCGUGGGGGAGUGCCCGGCGGAGCUGACUGCGCCGGGGGGCUGCAACAACCCCUGCACCGUGUUCGGGACGCCGGAGUACUGCUGCACCAAUGGAACGUGUGGGCCCACGGAUUAUUCCAGGUUCUUUAAGACGCGGUGCCCGGACGCCUACAGCUACCCUCAGGACAUCGCAGCCACGUUCGUCUGCCCCGGUCACACCAACUUCACAGUAGUCACCUUCUACCCCACUGGACUUGUUCCUAUAAUCACGCAUGGCAAUAUUAUGCUCACAGUUAGUAUAAGAUUGAGACAAUAAGUUUUACAAGGAUCUACUGGACUCGUUGAAGUUUUAAAGAUAGUUCAUGGGUAUUA